AUGGAGCUGAGGGUCCAACCUCAACUCCAGAGCCAGGGGGACAGAUGCUGGCCCUGCCCUCAUCCCUUUUCCCUGGAUUUGGCAGGAGAGUGUGGCGAGCUGAGGUCCUGUGAGACAUGUACGGCUGUCACCCCCUCACACAACACCACCGGCUGCGUCUGGGUGGGCUGCGGGACCCCUGAGGAGCCAGAAACAGGGAGCUGUGUGCAGAGAGGGGCAGCAACACGGGAGACCUGUGCACUUUACAACACCAGCACCCUGUGCCGAGCUCUGAAGUCCCCCACAGAAGAGCCUCCACGGUCCCACAGCAAGGAGCCAGUGACACACUCCACAAGGACCACCACCACUAGUGCCCCGCUGACGGGCAGCCCCGAGUUCCACCCGCCCGGCUUCGACACGGCCAGUUUCAUCGGCGGCAUCGUGCUGGUGCUGAGCGUCCAGGCCGUUGUCUUCUUCGUCAUCAAGUUCAUCAAGUCGAAGGACAGCACCUACCAAACACUAGAGGACAACCAGUAGGUUCUGGGUGCUGGUGGCCAUGGGGAGGGGGUGCCCUCCCUGCACCCCCGGAGCUUCACCCUUCCCUCGCACCUCCCCAGGGAGGGGAGUGUGGCGUGGACCCUCUCCCCUGGUUUGCAUGUCGGGUGUUUCCCACCUGGUUUGCUGUUUUCCUGUGAGUCGUUAGUGGUGGAAGGGAAGGGGGUGUCCCCCCUUUGCCCCCUUUUCAGGCACGGAGCCCCUUGGGGGGUGCAGCUGAUGUACAGCCCCUUCUGCCACCGGGGCGAGGUGCCUCCAACACCCCCAGUCCCACCACAGCAGGGUGCAGCCCCCCCUCACCCCGAGCGUCCUCGACAGGACAGGAGCUGCAGGGCUCCCAGUUUGGCCCCAGUUAGCACCCAGCACCCACCUCGGCAGCCCCUGCCCUGUUGCCUCUCCAAAGAUCAGGGGCUAGCUGGGGUGGUCUCUCUCUCUCCUCUCCACCCCUCUUCUCCUGG